UGCUCUUGCCGGCUUGGGUAGGACGGAGGGUGGACAUGGAGCCGCAGAGGUCCCCCUUGUUGGAAGUGAAGGGGAACAUACAGCUGAAGACUUCCCUUACCAAGACCUCUUCCCGACUGCCUCUCCCAGGAAGCAGGAUCAAGAGGGGGGCUAGCCAGAUGGAGGAUGCCUUGGAGCCUGAGAAGAAACGCUCACGAGGCCUGGGUGCAGCAAACAAAAUUGUCACAACCCGCCCCAGAGUUCCACCCCUCACCACAGUCUCACAGAUACAAGGUCAGGCCACAGCUCAAAAAGUUCCCAAGAAGACAGGACCCCGGAGUUCCACAGCUGUCCCCUCAGUGCUGAAGAACCAGAAGCCAGUCCCUGUUGUUCCCGCCCAGAAAUCUGGCACAUCAGCCGCUCCUCCUAUGGUGGCAGGGAAGAAACCUGGCAAACGUCCAGCCUGGGACUUAAAAGGUCAGCUAUGUGACCUAAACGCAGAGCUGAAACGCUGCCGUGAGCGGAGUCACACGCUGGACCAGGAGAACCAACAGCUGCGGGACCAGCUCAGAGAUGCCCAACAACAGGCCCAGGCCCUGGGGACGGAGCGCAGGACACUGGAAGAGGAGCUGACCAGGGUACGGGCCCAGGCCGAGCAGGGCCAGCAGGAGCUGGGGAACCUGAGUGCCCGUGUCCUUGAGCUGGAAGAGCGGAGGGCCUGGUGCAAAAGCUCCAGAAAGAACAGCUGGAAUGGCAGGAGGAGCGGAGGGGCCUGACCUCCCAGCUGGAGGAACAGGAGAGGAGGCUCCAGGCAUCAGAAGCAGCUCUGUCAAGCAGCCGAGCAGAGGUGACGUCCUUGCAGCAGGAGGUUGCAGCCCAGGCCACCUUACUGGAGGAGCGGGAAGAACGUCUCCACGGGCUGGAGAUGGAACGCCGUCGGCUCCACAACCAGCUGCAGGAACUGAAGGGCAACAUCCGCGUAUUCUGCCGGGUCCGCCCCGUCCUUCCAGGGGAGCCCACCCCAACCCCUGGCUUCCUUCUGUUUCCCCCUGGCCCUGGUGGGUCUGCCGAUCUUCCAACCCACCUUAGCCUCUUCCGGUCUGAUGAACGGCGUGCAACCCUGAGCGGGGCACCAGCCCCUACCAACCGCCACGACUUCUCCUUUGACCGAGUGUUCCCGCCAGGAAGUGGGCAGGACGAAGUGUUUGAAGAGAUCGCCAUGCUUGUCCAGUCAGCCCUGGAUGGCUACCCAGUGUGCAUCUUUGCCUACGGCCAGACGGGCAGUGGCAAGACCUAUACAAUGGAGGGUGGGCCUGGAGGAGACCCCCAGUUGGAGGGGAUGAUUCCCCGGGCCCUACGGCACCUCUUCUCCGUAGCCCAGGAACUAGGCUGCCAGGGCUGGACCUACAGCUUUGUGGCAAGCUAUGUAGAGAUCUACAAUGAGACUGUCCGAGACCUGCUGGCCACUGGGGCCCGGAAGGGCCAAGGAGGCGAGUGUGAGAUUCGCCGCGCAGGGCCAGGGAGCGAGGAGCUUACUGUCACCAAUGCCAGAUAUGUCCCUGUCUCCUGUGAGAAAGAGGUGGAGGCCCUGCUUCAGCUGGCCCGUCAGAAUCGGGCUGUGGCCCGCACGGCUCAGAACGAGCGGUCGUCGCGCAGCCACAGUGUGUUCCAGCUGCAGAUCUCUGGGGAGCAUGCUAGCAGAGGCCUGCAGUGUGGGGCUCCCCUCAGCCUCGUAGACCUGGCCGGGAGUGAGCGGCUAGACCCCGGCUUAGGUCUCGGACCCGGGGAGAAGGAACGCCUUCGCGAAACACAGGCCAUCAACAGCAGCCUGUCCACACUGGGGCUGGUCAUCAUGGCCCUGAGCAACAAGGAGUCCCAUGUGCCUUACCGGAACAGCAAGCUCACCUACCUGCUGCAGAACUCUCUGGGUGGCAGCGCCAAGAUGCUCAUGUUUGUGAACAUUUCCCCCCUGGAGGAGAACGCCUCUGAGACUCUCAACUCUCUCCGGUUUGCCUCCAAGGUGAACCAGUGUGUCAUCGGUACUGCCCAGGCCAAUCGGAAGUGAAGCCGGAUCCAGAUCCUGUGUGUGGGGCGGGGAGGGGGUAGAGGGAGGUGCUGGAGGAUACCUUAUUGGGGGGAGCUAUGUACCAGGGCCUAUCAAAUAAAGAACAGUUGCUUUUUCUUUUUUAAAUAAAGGUAUUAGUGGUUACUCAAGGAGGAAGAGAUUCUUCGUUUCCAUAUAAAGAUGGGCGCUGUGGAUGCGUCCACUCUGCCAUGGGUCUGUGUUUUGGGGGACGAGUGCGGGCUAUUCUUAAGCUCUUCCGGUUCUGUACCCUGGUCUGUCGUCAUUCCCUGUAGACCCCACCCUGCCACCAUUCAGUUGUGCGCUCUCAGCGGUCACCAAGUUUCAGUCUUCUGCAGGCCGCCUGGGCAGGUGCAGGACCGCUCUCUUGGGAGUGGAAAGGGGGACGUUGCCCGGGGCGGGGCCGAGCGCACUCCCGCCCUCCCCCUGCCUCGGCGUUCGAACGGCCG